AUGCAUCUUCGAUACUACUUUGACCCCGUAGAAGAGGGGGCACCUUGGCGUGAAGGUAUCGCCGAGGCCGUGUUUUUGGGCCCUCUUCCACCGUGGUGUGCAUUGAGGGCUGUCUUUCCUCGCCCUCAGCGAUCAGUAAUUCUUUCCCCCUGUUUCCAUGUCCUCCUCACCUGCCUUUCUCACGCACGCACACAAUUGCAGCGCAAGCCAUCCGUGGCGGUUACAGCCCAGAGGCCAAUGCCGGGAGGUGGUGUGGUGGGCGUCCGGACGAAGAAGAGGACCAAAAUGCCGCUAAAUGGUGGCAUGAUGUGGGGCAAGACCAUCCUCACGCCCCCCCCUCCCUCUUCCUCUCCGGCAUCAUCCUUGUUGUCCUCUCCAAAAGGCCCGAUCACAACGCGCAAGCAUUCAUCCCUCCUUUAUCUCACCGUGAAGCCAGACUAUUUGGUUAUUCGGGCGCCGUGCGGUCCUCACUCUCCGAAAACGCAACAGGGGCUGGACCCUGUCCUGGUGCUGAGGGCCCCCCCGUCCACCCCCCGCACUGGACCCCGGUGGCCCCAGGCAGACGGCGAUCCUGUCUCCCCUCCCCCCGACACUCGAGGCGCUGGGAGCGACAGCGUGACUGUGGAAGUGAAGGAUUUCCAGACGGCCGUGCGGGACGGAGACAUCGUCGGGAGCGAGGAGGAGCGAGAGAUCCAGGGCAUCCUCGGCCUUGUCUACCUCCUGGGGGGGGCAUACCUGCUGGUCAUCGAGGCCUCCGAGAUCGUCGGCACCUCCCCACGCGGUAGUAAUCUCACCGACAAAACCAGCAGCUUCAGCAUUCAUCGAGUCCAGAAGAUGGGAAUGCUCCCCGUCUCGCGCCGGCAGCAGACAGGGCCCCACCCGCAACAGCACCCGGCGCUAAGCUCCCCGGGGCAACGCUGCGACGAGGAGAGGUACCUGCGUAUGCUGCAGGCGCCGGUGGUGGCAGGGUCUCUAUACUUCAGUCCGCGAUAUCCUUUGCACCGUAGCUUGCAGGAAAACAUUCGGCGUUGCCCCGGGCUGGACUUCGAGUCGACGGCCCCGCCUUUUGGGGGGAGGAGGCGGCCACGGGGAGGGAGGGGGGGGGGCGUGGGCGACGUUGACAGCCCUGCAUACGCGCUCAUGGCCAAGAAUGGCAGCUCUAGGAGAGGGACAGACAGUAGAGCGGCCUCCUCCUCCUCCACCUCCUCCUUUUCCUCGUCGUCGUCCUCCUCCUCGAACCUGACAUCUCCCUCCCCCUCGACCUCCCUUCCCUUCCUGUGGAACGGCUUUCUUUUAUCCAACCUUGGGCCCGCACGUCUCUUCUGGGGCACUGCAUGCAUCAGUGGCUACGCAGUCUCGCGCUCCAUUCCCCUGGACGGCGCACGGAAAGGCGCUGGCGAGGCGGCGAGGUUGACGCUCCUCAGUCGCCGCAGCACCAGGAUGCAGGGCACUCGCUUCUACCGGCGCGGGGCCAACAAGGAAGGGGCAGUGGCCAAUUUUGUGGAGACGGAGGUCAUUCUGGCACUCCCCGAGGGUGCGAGAGGAAAUAGGGAGGGCCCCGAGACGCUCCUGCUCUCGCAUGUGCAAGUCCGAGGCUCCAUUCCGUUGACCUGGUCGCAAGAACCCACACUCGAAUGGCAGCCAUGCGUGCGUCUCUCGCCCGGCUUGCCCACGCCGCCCUCUUCCUCCUUGAGCCUGGCCAGUCAUGGCUCGGGCGGCGGCUCAGGAAGAGGGGGUCUUCAAGUGUCGGUGACGGCCGCGCACUUGGAGCAGCUCACUUCCAACUACAGGGACAUCCUGCUCGUUAAUCUCGUCGACUCCGGAGGAUCAAGCAAACACUCGCAGGCGCAGGCGGCGCUGGGUCGACGGCUACAGGAGGAGGUGGAGAAAUUGGCGGCCUACGUGCCGUUGGAUGAAUUUGGAGAGGAGGGGAGAGGGGCCUUGGAAAGAGGGGGAGAGGAAGGGGCGAAAACGGAGGCGACCAAGUCCCGCUCGACGCCCGCGCCUGACAGAGAAGAUGAUGGAAGAACAUCAGCGUUUGCGGAGCGGAAGGGGAAAGGAGGGACGCCGCGCGUGAGUCUGACCUGGUUCGACUUCCACAAGGAGUGCGGAUCUUACAAGAAGUGGGGGAGGCUCAAGACGCACCUUCUCGCCCAGAUUGACGCACUCUUGUCCAGCCAGGGGUGGACUAUGGUGCGAAUCCAUGAUGCUGGCAAGCAAGUGGGCCAGGGGGGAUGCGCGGACAAGGAGAAGACGCGAGAAGGAGAGAGAGCAGGCGGGCAGGGGGUGUGGGAGGAGGCUUCAGCUGAGGAGAUCGUCCUGCGGGAGCAAGAGGGGGUGGUGCGGACGAACUGUAUGGAUAAUCUAGACCGGACCAACGUGGUGCAGAGCAUGGUGGCUGGCCGCGUUUUGCGCCACGCUCUCAGCUCCCUCCCGGCGGGCGCUCUUGCCCCCGACCCCGCGUCCCUCGAGCGAGAGCUGACGACCUUGUGGGUGGAGAAUGCCGACGCGCUCAGCACCUUGUACGCAGGCACUCCCGCGCUGAAGACCGACUUUGUCCUGACGGGGCGCAGAACGAUUAAGGGCAUGCUCCUCGAUGGCCUGUACGCAGUGACGCGCCUGUAUAUUAACAACUUUUGGGACGGAUACCGGCAGGACUGCGUCUCCCUCUGGCUGGGCGAGUAUUGCCCUCGCGGGCCCUCCCCGACCCAUGCUCCCAUCAGUCCCUUUCCUCCCUAUCGCCUCCCAUUUACCCCCGGGGGAGUUUUUUCUACCCUUUCUGUGGCUUUACAGGAGCUCCCGCCCUUUCAGCUGACCCUUCAAGCUGGCGCGCUUCUCACUGAGGCUGUGGUCAGUCUCGCCCAGGCGCUGGUUGGAUCGGCGGCCACAGCCUCGUCUUCGCUGGGGGGGUGGGACGAAAGUCCGUCGGCUCCACCUUCCUGGUGGGUAUUGGCGGUCUUCAGCUACAUGAUGUUCCUCCUCUUCUGGGUAGCCCUGUGGGAGUGCGUGCUCUUCCUGGGCCCCUUCGCCACGCUGCGGACACUGCGACAUCACAGGUAUCUGCUAACGGAUCGACCGCGCCUGGUCGAGAAAGAUGGGGAAGCUGGGAAAGAUGGGGAAGCUGGGAAAGAUGGUAACGGUAGGGAGGCUACUUAG